AAAUUUUAUUCAUAGAGCACUUUUUCAAGCAAAUAAGCACAGCGUGCAAUCCGACGGUCAAAAAUAAAACAUGCAACACUAAAAACACAUGCAACAUUAAAGGAAUGCAAUUGGUAUAAGUAAUAAAGAGCGUGCGUACAAAAAAAAAUACAAAAUUAAAUAUAGACAUGCAUGAAUAUACAAACACACGAAUGCACCUGCAGUAAGAAAGAUAAAAAAAACAACCUCUCAGACCAAAAGCUCAUACAAAAGAGAAAUAUAUCAGUUUAAAAAACACCCCUUGUUUAAUAAUGAUUACAAGACAUAUUUUGUGUAUAAUCAUUUAAAACUGGAGAAAGAGGUUAAAUUAUGCACCCGCCAGGCUAAUUCACAUGGCUGCAACAAAAAGACAGCAAAUGUUGCGUUGAGUCAUGAAUAUUUGAAAAGCAGCACGUAACUUAAAACUUUAGGGGGGGGGGGGUGAAGGAGACACUCAAUCCACCACUGAAAGCAGCCUCUGGGUUUGUAAAUCUAAUUAGGACAUGUGAUACUCCUUUAUCUGACCAUAUCAGAUUACAGACACUAGAUGACAGUAUGUAAACAUUAACAUGGCAUUUUUUUGUUCAAAAGUCCAAUUUAGGUUUUUCAUGGCAUCCUAAAUGAUGCACAACAAAGACAAAGACCAAUUCACCAUAUCAGACAGUGACAAGUUAAUUUUCCUCGGUAAACAAGAAAAUAGUGUAAAAAUUACUGAGAAUUAGGCCUCACGUUAUUUAGUUUAUUUGAUCAUCCCUAUUCUGGUAAACAACAAACACAAACAGACACUGCAAAAUUAUUUCUCUUAUGAGUAUCUCCUGGGUCUCAAUUAUUUUUAAGGAACAGAAACUUUUUACUUUUUUGUUACCAUCAUUGAAAGAUAUCUGGCUCAAUGUAGGACUGAGUAGUUGAUUGUGGAUACAGUAGAAUAAGAAAUUGUAUAAAUACACACCAUUUGCUUGUUUCAGAUGGUGCUUGCAUGGACAACGGCUCCAUCAGGUGGAGUAUUGGGGAGAAGCAGAUCUGCAGGCAGAGAACAACAGCAGGGAAUGUGUUCUCUGGAGAGUUCAUCAUCACAAGGAACCAGUGCACUCUGGAGAAAUGACCGAUGCAAUUAAGUGGUUUAGAGUACAUAUAUAAAAUCUUAAAUUCAAUUUUUUUUACAUUUAAUACUGUGAUUAGAAAAGUUUGCAGUCUUGUCUUGGAGAAUGGUGACUCGGUUCUUAUGGGAACAAAGGUAAACUACAGAAAGUGUCAGAGAAAUACUAUAAAUGAAAAACAAAUAAACAAACAAUAAAUAAAAUUUAGCUUCAGGGUACACUCAACACUAUCUCGGAGCACACUGAAGAGUAAAACUUAUUUGACACUGAAACUGUUUGCGUGAGAACUAAUAGUGAAUAAAACCUCAGCAAAACUCAAAUCUGCACUUUGAUGUAAUCAGUUUUUUUCUUGUAUCAUUCAUCUUGUUUAUUUGAGUGUAUCCAUAUAGGCCAAAUUAAUUUUUAAUUAAAAAUGAAUUACAUAAGAUGACAGCUAUGCAGGGUGGCAUUUUAUAAAAUACAGUGCAUGUUUAGGGAGUACAGAGAAAAAAAGAGUUGUUAUUAAUUACACAUACCCUAUGAAUACAUUAGGAGAAAUGGAACUCUAAAAUCAUUAAUACAAGUGCCACACAAGCCCCAAUAAAAUGAGUUCCAUGAAAAGUGGAGAAAAGUUCAGGCAACGCACACAUAUAUGAAACAUAGGCAAAGCAAUACUACAACUACACAGUGUGACGUUCAGGUUAGCCAUGUUUUUUGUUAAAAACAAACACAGGACGGUGUGACGUUCAGGUUAGCCAUGUUGUUUGUUAAAAACAAACACAGGACGGUGUGAUACACUGGCUUAUAAAGAAUAUUUGAAUGAUCCUGAAUGUUUGAAAUACCUUAAAUGUUUCUUCUGCUUCUCUAAAUAUCUGAUAGACUUUGAAGUUGAGUCCGUGUAUUUAUCAGGCCCCUCCGCUGUCAAUCACAUUUUCCCAGCCAAUUAUCUGUGGCGCCCCAGCUGCCUUGGACUUUAUCUUUGAACUGUUUACGAAUGUGCUAUCCCACACAUUCUGUGGAGCCUGCGGAGGAACAUGAAAUGUUUCACUGUUCAAAGCUCCUCCAAGUCUUUCCACGCUGGCAAUAAUUUCCCCUUCUGUCUGGAAAGUUCCUCUACAGCCGACUAACCAACCCAUGCAGAAGAAUGAGAGGAGAGAAGCUGUUGCUACCGAUGAUGCUACUGACUGUGAUGAUGAGCUUUUUACCAAUACAGACAUCUUAUGCGCAGCAUUUGGCAGAGGAGGCCUGCACUGUUCAGAUCCUUGUCCCUGGACUCAAAGGAGAACCAGGGGAGAAAGGUCAAAAAGGAGCACCGGGGAGACCAGGACGAGUUGGCCCUCCUGGAGAGAUUGGCCAUCCUGGAUUUAAUGGACAGAAAGGAAUUAUGGGUCGUUAUGGAAAAGUGGGCCCAAGUGGAAUGAAAGGGGUAAAAGGAGACAUGGGGGAUCCAGGUCCAACGGGCCCUACUGGAGAACCAGGUGUUCCAUGUGAGUGCACACCAAUGAGAAAUAUGAUUGGAGAAAUGGACAUUCUCGUGGCCCAGCUUUCCUCUGAACUGAAAUUCAUUAAAAAUGCACUGCCCUCCCCUGCAGCUGUUGCUGGCAUAAAAGAGACAGACACUAAAGUCUAUCUGUUGGUGAAGGAGGAGAAACGCUACUCCGACGCCGAGGUCUACUGUCAGACGAGGGGAGGGCACCUGGCCAUGCCCAAGGAUGAGGGAGCCAACACCGCCAUCGCGGGGUAUAUUGCCGAAGCAGGCCUGAGCAGAGUCUACAUUGGCAUUCAUGACCUGGACCGAGAGGGCGUCUUCACCUACGUGGAUAGCUCUCCCAUGACCACCUUCGCCAGAUGGAGGAAAGGAGAGCCCAACAACGCCUAUGACGACGAAGACUGUGCUGACAUGGUGGCCUCUGGAGAGUGGACUGACGUCGCGUGUCACCCAACCAUGUAUUUUGUCUGUGAAUUUGACAAGGACAGUGUUUGAGUGCAGAGCUGCUAAAAGAUUAGAUACAUAUAAUGGAGCAAAAGUUAAGAUGUGUUUAGGGUGUUAGUAGGAUAUCUUUUAUCUGUAAAUAUGAUGACAAAAUGACGUGUAAGUUGUGCAAACUGGUAUAUUCCAGUUCAUUUUUCCUCAUAGUCUCGGUAGCUAUUUAUUUUCUUGACUCAUAUAACAACUUGAGAUUUUGUUCUCCUUGUCAGAACUGUAUCCUACUUAUACCUUUAAGCACACACACACAAUCUCAUACUCUGUGAUUCCUUAAUGUUCCAAAAAGCAUGCCAGGUUACAAACGGAGUUUUUAUUUUUUGCAAACUAUCCACUCAACAUUAUUUGCUACAGAGGCUUCAACAAACAAGAGAUAUAGGCAGAUACAGAGGACUGUAGAUUUUGUAGAAAAUAGGAAAUUAAAAGUUCCAGUUGAGAGCUUUUAAUCAGAAAAAUUGAAAACUGUUUGCUUUCUAUAUUCUAUAGUCCCAUCAGUAUAAUAUAGAAUAUAUUCUGUAUUCUAUAUUCCAGUUGAGUGGUUUUAAUCAGAAAAAAAUUUAAAACACUAUGUUUUAUAGAUUUGCCUUUAUAUAAUAUAAUACUAAAUAUAUUCUAUUUUCAAAUUUAUAUAAUAAGUUAGUUUUUUGUCCCAGAGCUGAAUAAACUUCUUUAUGGAAUGGUACCUUGAGC